AUGGUUGCGCGGGCUGCGCGGGCGAAGGUCCCAGGCAGACGCGGCAAAGUGCGCCGGAAGGCAGUCAAGUCGCGUGAAGGACGGCGGAAGGAUCCGCAGGAGGGCGCUGGUGUUCCGGGAGGCCUAGGGCUCCCUGGGGGACGCUCAGAACGUGGGCCGCCGGUGGCAACCAAGUCCGGUUGGCUGAGCUGCAGGGUGGCCAACGAUGAGUGGCAGACGACCCUGGAGAGUUGGCGAUCCGUCGCGCCGUAUUUCCAUGGCUACCGCCGGAAGAGCGUCUGGAUGCCCUUCUACUACGAUGGCGCCUGCGCGGGGCACCUCCGUUCUUUGGGCUUCGAGAAGGUGAUCCACGAGCAGGAGGACUUCUUCCAGCGUGUGAAGGACAAGAGCUUCCUGAACCGCGUGGACCUGAUCUGGGACAACCCACCAUACACCGCGCCGGAGAUGAAGGCAUGGCUGUUCGGUAUGCUUUCGCCGUAG